CUCGACCAAAGUCCAUUACUUUAUACCAAGAGGAUAUGCUCUUAGUUUGAAAAUGGCAGCAAUCCAAGAACAAGAUGAGUCAGCUCUCGAGCUCAUCCGCCAACAUCUCUUAGGAGACUUCACCUUCACAGACAGCUUCAUCACCAAUCUCAACUUCGACCGAACCCCAGAACUCUCCUACUUCCAACCCAUCAUCAAAUCCGAGUGCUACUCCGUAUCCGAAUCCGAGUCCACCUCCCCAGUCUCAAACUACAUCAACCCCAAACCCGAACCCGCAACCGAAGAAGAACCCAUGAGCGAGCUGAAGCGAAAGUCGAGCUCUUCUUCCAACUCCAGCUCAUCCACCGGCGAGCAGGGGAGGCAUUACAGGGGAGUGAGGAGAAGGCCGUGGGGCAAGUUCGCGGCGGAGAUCCGUGACCCGGCCCGGAAAGGGAGACGGGUCUGGCUGGGGACGUUUGACACUGAUGUGGAUGCUGCCAAGGCUUAUGAUUGUGCUGCAUUCAAGCUCAGGGGAAGGAAGGCAAUACUGAAUUUUCCGCUGGAGGCCGGAGAGUCCGACCCGCCGAGUAAUACGGGUCGGAAAAGGAGGAAGUCGGUGAAGCAGGAGGAGGCGCCGGAGCCGGAAGAGUUGGAGGUUCAAAGUCGGGUAGAUUGGGAUGGACAAGAAGCUUGAAGCUCAAAGCUCAACUGGGUUCUCAGGAUCGUCUCUACUCUUCUGCUGAUGUGAGGAUAUCAAAGGGUGUGGAUUUGUUAUUACUAGAUGAAUUACUGCAUUGCGAGAUGAGAUGAGAAAUUAGUGAUUUUAGAGACUCGCUAGAAAUAAGAAUGGAAAUUCCUUCAAUGAGACAUGAUGAUGAUGAUGAUGAUGAUGAUGAUGAUGAAUAGAACAUUUUAGUAAACCAAAAGAUCACACAUGUACUUUGACGUUUGAUCGUAAGUGACACUUUAGUAUUUA